CGAUUUGUAAACAAACACAAUCGCUGAAACAACCGGGGCCGGUACGGCAAACAGCUGAUCACAGGAACUGUGAAAGCCAAUUUCGAUUGAACUCUCCGAAUAUUUAGCAUAGCUUAGCAAACGAGCCCCAGCCCAUGCAAAUGCCGAAGGAACAGGCAGGUACAAUGGUUUCCUCUUCGUCCGAAUGCCCCAUCCACAGGCUGCCACCAGAGCUUGUAUUUAAAAUUUUCGACUAUCUUGAUCUGCCGUCGUUAAAAUCAGUCUCACUAACGUGCCACCGCUCGGAGCAGUUGUUUGCAGAGUACUGCCCCCGCCGGUGUAUACUAUACAUUGCCAAACGUCCGCACGUUCCCAUCGUGGAGCAUCUGAAGAAAGCUGCUAAAAUGCUGCUGCGCACGAAACGCACCUACCGCUCGCUGCAACUGCACGUAGCAAAGCCUCGCGGCAACAAGAACAUGCAGGCCGCACUCGGCCAGCUGCUGGAACCCCGGCUGCUGCAGCAGCUGGUUGUGCUGAGGCUCGAUCUGGCCCCGGAUUCGCUCACCUUCGCCGCACAGCUGUCGGGUGCGGUGGCCCACAUGGACCGCCUGCAGGAGCUAACGAUCCGCUCAACGGUGGACUGUUUCAGCCCGCUGCAGUUUAGCGAGCUGCGGCUUGCUAACCGUUCGCUGCACAAGCUAGUGCUGGGCCACGUUUGGCCGGGUGUGAUCGAUUGUCCCAAUCUGCGGCUGCUGGAAGCUACCGCCUCGCUGGAUGUGGAAACAAUCGUCGGCAAGCAGUACGCACAGCACGGUGGCCGGGAGCCGCACUGGAAGCUGAACCAGCUGGAGGAGCUCGUGAUUGUGGAAGAGCUUUGCAUGGCGCUCGACAUGGAAAACCGGCCCGGUUACAAGGUGCACUUCUUUCGCCAGCUGACACAGCUGAAACGACUGCACUGUAACACCGGGUACAUAUCGGAGCGGAUAUUUCAGGCCAUCGGCGAAUCGUGCGUGCUGCUGGAGGAUCUGUCCAUCGCCAGCCUGCACCUGGUCGAUCCGAGCUCGCUGCGCGUCCUAGCGAACCUGACCCGCCUGCGACAGUUGGCCAUUUCGCACAGCUUCAAACCCAUACCGUUGGCUACCGUCGUGUGUCUGCCCAGCCUGGAACGGCUGCUGCUAGGCAGGGUGGUAAUCGACUGGCAAAAGCUGCCAAACGUUCAAUCACUCCAGUGGCUUAAGAUCAAACCGUAUGCGGAGGGGGUUCGACAGUUGUGCGAUGCACUCGCUGGACCGCUAAAACAGCUACACUGUCUGUGGAUUGAUUUUUGCUACGCCAUGGAUACGCCGACCAGGGAGGAAAUACUCGCCGUGCUGCCCACGCUGCCUGCCCUGCAAACGCUCGUGCUGCAAAACGUCUACCAGCUACAGUUUUUGAAAGCAAUACCACCACUGGCCGGCCUCACGCGGCUAGUUGUGUUCACAGCGAGCGCAUAUGAAUUCGAGGAAGAUUACACGAUCACAGCAGAAGUGAUUGCCCAGCUGGUACCAAACGCCCGGCGGGUCGAAAUCGGUUCCAGCAAACCGUUACAUGACAACGUCUUUACGCAACCGUAUCAAUUUUUCAAAUCGAGGACCGCUUUCGGUUAUCUUUUGCCUACCGAUCACCAUAGCAAGUGGGAGUUGCGCCAAUACAACCAUCGGUACAUACUUCCCUUACGGUGAGGUAAAGAAGUGUCCAAUAUGUGGUGGGUGACAAUUCAAAGUUCGUUACAAUAUAGAUUGUACCUUUUUCCACAAUGAACAUUUGUCAUGUUCAUGUGCUGCCAUGUCUAGAAAAGUAGUUAUUCAAAUUUGUUCAACAAGCUUUAGGCGUCUGUCUUCCAUCCAUCCAGGGAGGUUGCAGGAUUUUCCAAGUCACUUUUUAAGGUAAACAUUUGUUUUUCGCAAAGUUAUUCCACAUUCCAACCCUGAUGUUUCAUUUUUUUUAAUGAUGUUUAAUUUCCUAACAAUAAUUUUUAAUUUCCCCAGCAUGAUUUUCAACACGCCUCAAGCUGGACUGAGUUUGACAGUGCUUUGUGAUGUGUUGAAAAUCAUGUGUAAAAACUGAAAUUUCAUUAUGAGGCAAUUACACCACUUGACAGCUGUUGAAAAACAUCUUGGAGGCGGUGAAUAAUUAUGUGCACAAUCGAAAGUGAUGUGGAAAACCCGGUAAUAGAGUAUCUCGGGGAAAGUCUGUGUUUUUUUCUAAAUUAUUGUGAUACAACGGCCUGAUCAAUUCUUACAGUGUUUUCCCAGUCAAUUUCCAAUGUCAACAACAUCUCACAACACUUGCGAGAUGUUUUUCAGCAAACUGUCAAAUAUUGCAUUUGCAUCACAAUAAUGUUUCAGUUCUUCCAUAUGAUUUUCAAAACAUCUCAAGCUGGAUAGAGUUUGACAGCUCUUUGUGAUGUGUUGAAUAUCAUGUGGACGAACUGAAAUUUUAUUAUGAAGCAAAUACACCAUUUGAUAUCUGUUGAAAAACAUCUUGGAGGAGGUGGUGAAUUAAUGAUGUAUACAUUCGAAAGUGAUUUGGAAAACCCUGUAAUAAUUCAAUCGUAAGACAGGUACUGAACUCAUUCAAAAAAAUUGUAAAAAUGCUUUUCGAUAUCAUAAGUUAACCGCAUACAUUAAAUUGCGUGAUUUGUUGAGCUAGCAGGUAAGCUUCCCAGUACUAAACGAUACAAUCGACACUGGGAAUCACUGUAUACGAUUAUUUGACUAAUAAUUGUUUGCACGCUGGAAAUGUGUUUCAAAUUUCUAAAGUAAAAGUUACCGAUUAAUGGUUUAAAUAUAUAAACAUUAUCACGAAAA